GCAGCAGGCAGGCGCCGGAGCAGCAGCCAUGAGCCAGGCAACGGCCGCUUCUUGCGUCUCCUCCUCCUCUCCAUCCUCUCCAUCGUCUCCAGCAGCAGCAGCAGCGCCCUCCGCUCCCGGCUCCCCGGCGUCCGGCAGCAGCCUCCCCAGCCCGGCGGGACCAUGAAGCGGCAGAACGUGCGGACGCUGGCGCUGAUCAUCUGCACCUUCACCUACCUGCUGGUGGGCGCCGCCGUCUUCGACGCGCUGGAGUCCGAGGCGGAGACGGCCGACCGGACGGCGCUGGAGGAGAAGCAGCUGGAGCUCAAGAGCAAGUACAACCUGUCCGAGGCCAACUACUGCGAGCUCGAGGGGGUGGUCCUCAAGCUCAAGCCCCACAAGGCCGGCGUCCAGUGGAAGUUCGCCGGCUCCUUCUACUUCGCCAUCACCGUCAUCACCACCAUCGGGUACGGCCACGCGGCCCCCAGCACCGAUGGCGGGAAGGUCUUCUGCAUGUUCUACGCCCUACUGGGGAUCCCGCUCACCCUGGUGAUGUUCCAGAGCCUCGGCGAGAGGAUCAACACCCUGGUGAGGUACCUCCUGCACCGCAUCAAGAAGUGCCUUGGGAUGAGGCGGCCGGAGGUCUCGAUGGCCAACAUGGUCACCAUCGGCUUCUUCUCCUGCAUCAGCACCCUCUGCAUUGGGGCGGCCGCCUUCUCCUACUACGAAAACUGGACCUUCUUCCAAGCCUACUACUACUGCUUCAUCACGCUCACCACCAUCGGCUUCGGAGACUAUGUGGCUCUGCAGAAGGAGCAGGCCCUGCAGACUCAGCCCCAGUACGUGGCCUUCAGCUUCAUCUACAUCCUCACCGGCCUGACCGUGAUCGGCGCCUUCCUCAACCUGGUGGUGCUGCGCUUCAUGACCAUGAACGCCGAGGACGAGAAGCGGGACGCUGAGCACCGGGCGCUGCUCAGCCGCAACGGGCAAGCCAGCAGUGUCCACACCACAGACACCACGGCGUCCUCGACGGCCGCCGCGCUGGGGGGCGUGGGGGUGGUGGGCGGCGGGGCCGGGGGCCGGGGGGCUGGCCUCCGGAACGUCUACGCCGAGGUCCUGCACUUCCAGUCCAUGUGCUCCUGCCUCUGGUACAAGAGCCGGGAGAAGCUGCAGUACUCCAUCCCCAUGAUUAUCCCCAGGGACCUCUCCACCUCGGACACCUGCAUGGAGCAGAGCCACUCGUCCCCGGGGCGCUACCCGGAGACGCCGCCCAACCGGUGCUUCUGCAACGCCCAGCGCUCAGCCAUCAGCUCCGUCUCCACGGGCCUGCACAGCCUGUCCCCCUUCCAGGGACUCAUGAAGCGGCGCAGCUCAGUGUGAAGGCUGGCGAGACCCUUUCCAGGACUGUCCUAAAUGGCAGAGGAAGGGGAGGAGGAGGAGGAGACCGGUGGGGGUGGGGUAGGAGGUAGGCACGCAGAGACCCCAGGCGGGGAGGAACGGUGCCCACCGGAACCUAGAAUUCAUACAGGUGACAAUCUACAAGGGAGGGGGAGUGUCGGCAGCUGGGCCAGGUGUCGUGGGUGUGAGCCCAGGAGGACAGAGCAAAAGCGGGGUUGGCUCUCUGGGUCGGUGUCAUGGGGAAACCGAGUCAUGGAGAGCUCGGAAGGGGCUCAGCUGCAGAAAGGAGGGGGGAAGAGAUAUGGAGGUCAAGCUGCUCCAGAGGGGUCAGCAGCUUGGAGCCCGUUCUCUCCAGGAUGGGAGUCCCGCCGGCCGCACUUCUGAAUGCAAUGCUCCCAGUUGCAGCAGCCCCACAAAAAUGUGAAACUUGAAAAUCGGGGUUCCCCCCCCCACCCUUACGGGAGUGGUGUAUGGGAUGAAGCAGGGGGGGGAGAGGCGGCUCUGCUGGUGGAGUGUCCACACUUUGAUUUAUACCUCUGUGAGACUGAUGGAAGGACAUAGCAUCUCUUCCCACUCUGGCCAAUAAAUGGGGGGAAAUCAAGUUCUGUGUCACCCCGCUCCAUUCAUUUGAUCCCCUUCAUUUCAGGGGUGAGUUAUUUCCUUCCCCCCCUGUGCAGAGGGGUUUGUGCAUCAGAUACGGGGCAGGGAACUCUCACCCUAAGUGUGCAAAUGUCUUCGGUUACGAAUGGUGUGCGGGUACCUCGAUGGAGGCGUUGGCUCUUGGGUGGCCAAAGGCGGACAUGGGUGUGCUGCGUCCUGCUCAUUCAGGGCCGUCUCCCCUCCUCUGGGCUUGUGUGUUUUCCGCAAUGCCCUUCCUUGCAGCUUUAUACAAAACCUUUUAUGCAAGAGUCCAUGAAGCCCGUGAAACACCCAAGUCCUGCUCCACGGGUCUCAGAGCUGUGCCCCACAUCUCCCCAGACUUGACCCACCCUUCCCUCUUUUUGCCCUCAGCCCCUAGAGCUUCCUCUCAAACCUGUCUCUGUUUUGUAGGGGGGGGGUUGUGUUGCUCUUUUCUUUAGGCACAGCGGAGUAUCAUGCCAGCAACGCCUUGACUUGUGGGGGCAGAACAAGCUCCGAUCCAUCGCCGCUGCAGCCAAGAGCUACCCACUCUUCUGGGAACUGCAGUUUUCCUGCGAAAAUGCAGUAGCCAUACAAAAGAGGGGCAUUUGCCAGGCAAAAAUGAGCCAGUGAGAAGUCCAUUGACCCCCAUUGACCAGCCACUUGCUCCUACUGGAAAACCAGCCACAUCUCUGCCAUUGAUGUUGGCCAAUGGCCUUGGAACUAACCCACAUAGCUGCUGGGGGCACGCUAGAAUGUUGUGGGGUGUCAGCCAGACCAGUGCCCCCCUCCCUCUUCCAACUCUCUCCAAGAGCUGAAACACACAAUCUGCCCAUUUUGGUUUCUCAUCUUUUCCUGUUCAGUUCUCCAUGUUUCCACACCAGUUUGUGAUUUCUCUCUCUCUCUAAAAAAACGAUUAAAGUUCAUCGGCAUUGGAUUCGAAUUACGACUGUGAUACUAUUACCUGUCUUACUGGAGCAGAAUUUUAAAAGCAGCACAGAGACGGGGCUUCCUGGAGUGGCCUCUGGUUCUUAGAAUCAUAGAACUGUAGAGUUGAUCCAGCCUCUGACGUGAGCCAACAGACUUGCGCUCCCACUGUGUGGGACCCCCAAAAGUGUGUCUUUUGGCCCGAUGCUCUGGGGAGGCCGCAGUCCUGGAGCUAAAAUAGGACAUCUCUUUUAGAGGUUGGGAUCAGAAGCCGGGGUGACUUCUGUAGAUUCAGGACGUCCCACUUAAAACAGGACAGUUGCGCAGGAUGUGCCCCCCAUCUUAUAUUACAGUUGUACCUUGCUUGUCAAACGCCUUGGUACUCUUCCAUUUCGGCUCUCGAACGCCGCAAACCUGGAAGUGAGUGUUCCGGUUUGUGAACGUUUUUUGGAAGCCAGACGUCCGAUGUGGCUUCCGCGGCUUCCGAUUGAGUGCAGGAAGCUCCUGCAGCCAAUCAGAAGCCGCGCCUUGGUUGUUGAACGUUUUCAGAAGUUGGACGGACUUCUGGAACGGAUUCCAUUUGAGAACCAAGGCACAAUUGUAGUUGUUUCAGAUGGUGGAAGCUGUGGCAGUGGGCGGGGGGUAGCAAAGGAGGAGGAGGAGUCCCAGUGCUUCCCUUCCAUCUCCAGCGGCAAAACGUCCUAGGUCGAGGAGAGAGGACGCCACCUUGCCACCCCCUUUGAGCAGCACAAUGUUUGGGGCUGGCCCUAGAGGCCGCUGUUCUUUCUGAGUGAUGAUGGUGGUUGGGAACCCCUGUCCCCAUUCUCUUCCUUCCAGGGGCAAGUUCCACUGACCUCGCCCUUCGUCCAUGGCUGUGACCUCCUGCUCUAGAGCUAAGAGCAUUAACUUUCUCCCAAGCAUCCGUUCAGGCCCGUCCUAGCCAUAGAGGCUAGUGGCGCGGAGAACCACAGUGCCGGGUGCUGGAGGGCGCUAAGUGAGCGCAGGGUUACGGAGAUCUGACCAGGAAUGCGCUCCUUCU